UCUGAUUCUUUCCACUCCCUGAAUCCCCAGGUUUCUGAACUCAUUCGAGAGCAGUCGUCUCUGAAAUCAGAAUUGGGGUUAGGCGAACCCGGCAUGCACACACCUCCUCCCGAAGGCUCGGAAUCUAUAUUUGAACACUGCACACAUUCCGAUUCCUCUUCGGUGUGUUCUAGUCAAGCCAGUCGAAAAGCCCAUGGGUGGUCAUCUGAAAAGUGCAGACCACCCACUCAAAAAGUCUACCGGGCAAGUGUAGCCUUGAUGCCCGCUCCCCCGGCAAGAGCAGGAAUCGGGCAGGAGGAGCCCUGGACAUCCAAGUCCACUGCGGAGCAUAAACUUGAAAAGUUACCCUCUGGGCCUACGAGUGAGGAAGUGUCCAAGAGUGUGGAGAACGAGGAACUGCAGCAAGUCAUUCGAGAGAUCAAGGAGUCCAUUGUUGGUGAAAUCAGACGGGAAAUUGUAAGUGGGCUGUUAGCAGCUGUUUCUGCCCCAGGCCUAUCAGCUAAUUCUAAACAAGCGUCCCAGCCAUGAAUCGGUACUACAGGGUUUAGCAUGUGAUCCAGUGAUUAUGGAUGUCUACUUUUGGGACAUGUGGACGGAUGCAUCUGCCUGCUCUCUUGAUGCCAGAGGAGGCUGCUAGUUGUAUGCAGCAAUGACUUGAGCUCUGCAUGUCUUCCCAUUUCAGGUCUAUGUGCUAAGAUCAAGGCACUUUUCACCUUACCGAUGUGCGUGACUGAUCAAGAGAAUUGUGAUUAUCUUGCAGGCCUUAAUAUUUAUUUGUGUGUUCCUCUUAAGACUUGAAGAUUUCUGGACCUUCCCUGGUUAUAAAUAGCCUAGGAUUGUUAUAGAUUCAAACAACAACAACAACAACAAAAUCCCCACUGACCUCUGUGAGGUAUUUAACUGUGCAAUAAUUGUUUCACUUUGAAAGCUUGGAGUAAUCGUUUCCACUGCUGUGGAACUCAAGUGCCACUUAAAAAAAAGAGAAGACGUUGUACAAAGGAAUGCUUGGGAGAAGCUGUCAUUUGUGGAGAGUUUAGAAAAUUACACAAAUUUACUUAAAACUACUACAGAUACGUACACUGAAAGCCUGAUCUUUGCAAAGUAGAUAACUUUUUUUAAAAAAAAGAUUUAUAUAUUUUUCUGCUUUCUUUAUCCUUCCCUUUUUUCUUGGGAUAUUGUUUUUUGUUUUUGUUUUACUUAAUGUAUGAACUACUCUGCAAUUAUAUUGAGAAGUGAUUUUUAGCCAUUUCCUCUGCCUAUUAAAGCAAGUCUGGAAAAAAAAACACUAGUUUAAAAGGCAAAGCAAGUGGCAUAUAACAACAUGGGCUUAGCAUUAGUCUGCUGUUAUGGGGAAAUUUUUCAUUCUUUUUUUCUACAGCCUAAAGAAAAUGACAUUCACCACAGCCAAUAAAAAUGGAAGCAGGUGUUAUUCCUAAUAUAUAGUUUAAUACAGUAAUGCUCAAAAGUUGGAAUAUAGCCAUGUCUUAAAUGCUAAUCAACUACCUUACAUGUUUUUUAAAAAAAUGUUUUCAGCUAACAAAAUUAAGAUUCUGUUAAAUAAUCAGUGACUCAUAAAAAUGUAACAAUAUUGGGAGAAGUAUGUCAGAAAACUGUGUUGGGCAUAUAUACCCAAGGGCUAAAUCCUUUUUAAAAAGGCUAUCGUGUCAAUAAAAAUAUUUAUUUUGCCUAAA